AUGAUGGACCCGAUAGAGCGCUCGCGCGCCAGCAUCUACGACCACGACAUCCCCUCGCUCAGCGCGUCGCUCGAGGCCUUCGACCCCGAGCGCAGCCGCCUCGCGCAGUCGGGCUACAGCGCGCGCUCCAACAUGCACUCGUCGCGCUGGAGCCUGCCGCCACACGACGCCGACGAGUCGGAGCACGAGAGCGAGGCUGGCCCCUGGGCGCCGCCCGCUUGGCAGAAGAACAAUAGCCAGUGGCACCGCCGCUCGCUGCUGCACUCCAGCCGCUCGCCGUCCUACUACCGCUCCGACCGCGAGACCACGCCGUCGCGCAUCCCGCUGCCCGAAUCGCCCAUGAAGAACACCCCGCAGGGCAGCCCCGAGCCCGACGAGCCGCGCUACCCCGACGGCAUCGCCUCGCGCCUGCAGAGCCCCAUGGCCGACCUCGCCGAAGAGCCCGCCGACGAGCCCGCCUCCGCCCUCGACCCCGCCGACGAGCCCGGCCCCAUGGACGGCUUCGUGCGCUUUGCCAUCCGCGGGGAGACGCUGUUCCGCACUGCCCCCAUCGAAGAGACCCUCGCCACCCUGGCCAGCGCCGUGGCCAUGUUCACCCGCACCCGCCGCAACCUCUUCAUGACCCUCGCCACCCUCGUGCUCAGCUGGGUGCUACUGCACCCGUGGAACACCACCCUAAUCCCCGAUGUCGCCAACGUCGCCAACAUGGCCAAGCAGUUCGAGCCGCUCAUGUACGCCAGCGAGAACGUCAUCCCGCGCUCGCGCGAGCUGGCCGAGGCGAGCAUCGCCGUCCAGGACCUGGGCGAGAGCGUGCGCGCCACCAACAUGUCCGCCUCGACCGUCAUCAUCGACCAGCUCGACGACCUGGGCGACAGCCUCAAGGUCCUGUCCGAGAAGAUCACCUCCUUCUUCACCAACGUCGACGGCGACAUGGACAGCAUCCUCAUCACCAUGGAGUGGGCCCGCCGCGAGCUCUCGUCCAUCCAGUCGCCCAAGGUUGGCAUGCUCGACACCCUCGUCUCCAACGUCCACGGCGUGCUGUCCCUGCUGGGCGCCCUCGAGGCCGACGGCACGCCCACCUCCCUCGGCCGCGUCGUCAACGACGUGCUCGGCCACACCACCCAGCAGCGCUCCCGCGCCACGCUGCAGCGCACAUUUGACUACCUCCUGAGCACCCUGGAAGAAAACAUCCAGAACGAGCUCGCCCGUGCAGACGUCUUGUUCCGUCUCUUCGAGUCCGUCGACCGACAGUUCCACAACCUGCACCGUAGCGUGGCGCGCGAAGAGGACUCGUUGGCAACCCGCAAGGACGAAUUCCUCGCCCGCAUGUGGCGCAACACCAUCACAAACAAACUCAAGAUUGCCAAGUACGAGAAGAACCUCAAAUUGCUCAAGGAUGUGCGCGCCUCCACCCUCAUCAACAAGUCAGAGCUCAAGAGCCACAUCCAGGUCAUCAACUCGGUCAAGGACCAGCUCGACAAAGCCAGAAGAAACCUGGUCGGCCCGCUGAUCAAGCGUGCGCAGAGCAACAGCUUUGGGCUCGAGGGCCAGCUCGAGGAAGUCGACAAGACCUACGGCUUCCUCAAGGGCGUACGAGAUACCCAGAAACACCGCGUACUACGCGAGCUGUGGGGCACCGAGCCUAAGCGGCGAGUACAGAUCAUGUCGGGCAGAGACGAGGAGGACGGGAUGGACGAAACCGAGAGCAUGUAG